AUGGUUGACGGUGCCAAAGCCUCUACCUCUGCGUCGAGCAGCCAAGCCCAGGCUGCUGCUACUACUGCAGCUGCUUCUGCGAAGAAGAAGAAAAGACGAGAGCGAAAGCGCAAGGAAAAGAAGUCAGAGGGCCAUGAUGCGGACGCCGACGAUGACCUCGACGCACAGCAGAGACCAAGGCUCAAAGUUGUCGUCCGGCGUCUCCCGCCCAACGUGCCCGAGGACGUCUUUUGGCGCGCCGUCGAGCCGUGGGUCAAGCGACCGGGCACGACUGGGCAGGGUGUGGCGUCCAACGUGGACUGGACACGCUUUGUGCCGGGCAAGAUCAAGGAUGGAGUCCGCCGAGGUGCGCCCUCGGAUGCUCGCGAGCUGCUUCCACACACGCACGCCCGCGCGUACGUCCGCUUCACCUCGCUCGACGCUCUUUUGGCUUUUCAUCGCGCCUUUGACGGGCAUGUUUUCCGCGACGAGGCUAGAAAGAUUGACUUUGCAGCGCUCGUCGAGUUUGCACCAUUCCAAAAGACGCCAGCCGACCUGGGCAGGGGAGCUGCCAAGGCCGAUGACAAGGAGAACACCAUCGAGGGCGACGCCGACUACAAAGACUUUCUGCAAAAGCUCGAAGAAAAGGAGAAGGCGCCGGCCGAGAAGACGGAUGCGCAGCUGAUGGCCGACAUUACGAGCCAGGCCGAGAGGGCAAAGAGCACACCACUGCUCGAGCAUCUGCGCAAACAAAAGGCCGGGAAGAAACAGCGGGGUGGCGGCGCCAAAGCCAGCGCGGGAGGAGCAGGAAAAGAAAAGAAGACAAAGCAGGCUUCGUCGACCGUGGCUGCUGGAGGUGCCCUUGGUGCUGCAGCCCCACCGACAAAGCCGGCCGCGAUGAAGGACAAGAGAAAGGGAUCGAACAAGAGUGCGCCACCGCAUGGCAAGAAGAGACGAGGCGGCGGCGGUGGUGGUGGUGCAUCAAAAGGCGGUGGUGGAAAGGAGAAGCAAACAUCAGGCGGAGGGGGAGGAGGAGGAGGAGGAGGAGGAGGGGCACAAGUUGCCAUUCUCAAGCGGCCACCGCAGCAACAGUGA